AUGGAGCGGGCCCUUCGGUCGGUGGCGCGUUCUCCUUGUCGGGACGUGGGGAGAGUGGCCAGGACAGAAGACAGGGCCUCGGUCCCUGCCACAUACCGAAAAGACUUCCGUGUGCGCUGCACUUCGAAGCGGGCCGUGACGGAAGUGCUAGAACUGUGCAGCAGCUUCGUGCAAAAGCUCGGGGACGCGCUGCCUGAGGAGAUUCGGGAGCCCGCGCUGCGAGAUGCGCAGUGGACUUUCGAAUCAGCUGUGCAAGAGAAUGUCAGCAUUAAUGGGCAAGCAUGGCAGGAAGCCUCAGACAGUUGCUUUAUGGAUUCUGAUAUCAAAGUCCUUGAAGACCAGUUUGAUGAAAUCAUAGUUGAUUUAGCCACAAAACGUAAGCAGUAUCCCAGAAAGAUCCUUGAAUAUGUCAUCAAAAUCAUAAAGGCACAACAAGAGAUUCUGAAGCAGUACCACCCUGUUGUACAUCUGUUGGACCUAAAAUAUGACCCUGAGCCAGCCCCUCGGUUGGAAAACUUGAGAUGCAGAGGAGAAACAGUAGCUAAGGAGAUCAGUGAAGCCAUGAAGUCCUUACCGGCAUUAAUUGAACAAGGAGAUGGGUUUUCCCAAGUGUUAAAGAUGCAGCCUGUUAUCCAGCUCCAGAGAGUCCACCAGGAAGUCUUUUCCAGUUGCUGUAGGAAACCAGGUGGUAAAGCUGAGAGCUUUAUAGCACAGAUAGAAGCCACACCAGCCGAGACUUCUACUAGGACGACUACUGACUUGGUACUGAGAAGAAAGCGAACUAAAGACUGCCCCCAGAGGAAGUGGUAUCCGUUGCAGCCAAAGAGAAUUAAUCUUGAUACAUAAGCCCUUUUUG